AUGUUGUCCAGUGGAGAAAAAAUCACAGAAAAGACGAAAGAAGAAUAUUGUAAAAUUCAUGUUUGGGGCGUCGAUUCGCCGUGGAAUAGCACUAACACGACGAAUGGGGAUAAUAAUUUACGACAGCAACAAACUAGCAACAAUAUCGAGAGUGAAAUCAAUACCGGCAUUACAGUAGUGCCAUUUAAAUGUUGUCCUAACCAAAGAAGAAUCCAAAAAAUGCAGGCAUCCUUGGGAAAACUGCUCCGAAUCGGUACCUUGGCGGGCACUACAUGGACGACAGAAAAUCCGAAAACACCGUGUCAUCUUAUACUCCCAGACAAUCACUCUGUUGGAGAAGAAAAUUCUUCUUCUGUGUCUCAAAUGACAAAGAGUGGUGGAGGUGACGAAUUGCAUGGAUGUAGCAAUAAUCCAAACAAUCCGCUCAUGAUUGUUGAAAAGAUUGCAAGUGAAUCUGAUUGUCGUCGUGCUGCAUCCUUUAUUGGUACUGAGAUCAAAAGCGAAGUCCCUCCAGAUCCCAUGAAUCUUUUGUUAUGGCCACUUGGGGAUUAUUUCAAAGGGAUAGUAGAUGAAUUCAAUACUGACCAGGUGGCGUGGGGCGCGGCAGACGAUGGAAGUGUAUUUGAGGUCGAAAAUUACGAACUAGAUAAACACAAUACUCAUCCUUUUCCAAAGAAAGGCAAGAAAAGUAAGAGCUCGAAAAAGAAGAAGCAUCACUAA